AUGUUCUCCUAUGCCCUCUCUUCAGCAAGCACAUAUUUUCAUUUACCCGUCGAUGACGACGACGAGCGUACCAUGCCAUGCUACUUGAAACACGUCCCGCUACCACCAGAGUCGCCACCUUCCCCUCAAAGAAAAAAGUAUCAUAUAUCACAGUCAUACUCUGCUCCAGACCAUAAACUAUCAACCAUGCAAGAAGUAUUGUCCAACGACGAUCUGUAUCGUAUUCUCGGCAUUCCUAGGUCAUCAACAAUAGACAGAAACACUCUUCGGCGUGCUUAUCUCUCUCGGAGCAAGGCGUGUCAUCCAGACAAAUUUCCGGGAAAUCCAGAAGCUACCCAUGCAUUCCAAAAGGUUUCUGUGGCAUAUAAUGUUCUCAGCAAGCCAUCCUCAAAACGACUGUACGACUCUCGUUCUCCAUCUUCUUCAACCUCUUUCUUCGCAUCGCCAUCUGAUGGACACGCUGAAGAGACAUUGAAGAGCGUCAUACUCGGUGUAUUCAACGAUUUCCUUGACGGCGACCUUGAAAUGAUACGCACCUUGCUCAGGGCCAUCAACGACAUUAACCCGUCCCUCAAGCUGGGUGACGAAGGAAUAAACUCCGUCCUUGCGGCCAUUCAGCGCAUACGAGAACGAGCAUUGACCUGUCGAACAUGUAUCAUCGCACUUCAUUCGGAGUUAAUACGUGCUCUCGAGCUUCAACAUGCCUUUCGCCAACUUUCCUACUUCGAUCUUACUGGUCGCUCUCGUCUCACCAUUCAGCUUACCCGUAUCACCCUCAGUCUCCCUGUAACACUUGAAAAGGCCAUUCGGGAUCAAUAUGCAGAUGAUAGCCACUAUACCACAAGUGACAAGGGUAAUAGUGAGGUCCCCGAGACUGCAUUACUGCCUCGGCGUGUAGUCCUUCUCAUCAGAGGCAUCGAUGUUGUCCUUGAUCGGAUGGAGCGUAUACUAGGGUAA